AGAGGAGAUUAGUCCAUUAAAAGCAUGGAUGGUCAACGAAGGGGCUAUCUAUUCCUAGUCAAGCCAUUCCAAGUCUUUGACUCUGGCAAACCCAUGGAAUUACGUUAGGGAGUGUUAUUAAUAGCUUCUUCCUCUUAAUUAUAUUGUCACUCCUCUCCUCCCACUCUAAUUAAUUGAAGUGAUUUUAGAUCGAUGGAGAGUGUUCAUUAUUGCAUUCGCGAGGAAGAAGAAGAAGAAGAGGAGGACGACGAAAACGCGUACAUUGAGAUAAACCUGGGCCCGCGAAGUCGGACGGAGAAAGAGGAAGAAGAGAAAAAGAAAGAAGACGACGGAGUUGAAUUUCGGGUGUCGUAUUUGGCGGCCCGUAAGCCCGCUCCUCCUGACAAACGGAGAGGAGGCCAUCUCUUGCCGCCGGGGAACCCAAGGGGCAAAAGCGGUGACCAAUGCCACGACUAUGCGCUACCUGAAACUCACUCCAAACAACUGCUUCUCAGCUCCAGCAGGAAAGGAGGGUCGUGGCCAAGUGGGAGAGCGGAGGAGGAGGAAGAGAGGGGCGGAACGGAGCGCAGAAUAAUGAACGCCGUCAUGUUCAAAUUCCGGUGCUUCGUUAUGAGUUUCCCGUGGAAGGCCGCCUGGAGAAUCCGAAGCCACCAACCGCCCAAAUCCGCCGCCUCUGCCGCCACCGCAUCCUCAUCUCCCUCCACCUCCGCCCGCUUUACCCCACCAGCCGUCAAGUCUCCUCCUCGUCACCCACCCACAAGUAAUUUCCAGGCGGCGGCCGAGAAACCCCGAUCGUCGGUGCUACUGUUGGGGAUGAAGCUCAGGGAGCUGGUCGCGUCGUCGCCGUCGCCGUCUGAUCACGGCAGAGGCGGCGGCAAGCCUUCCAAAAGCUGCCCUGCUUCCGUGAAGUCGACGCCUCUGCAUCGCCACCAGUGGGCGGCUACUUCCUUCGGCGGAACGGUGGUGUACACCAGGGACAACUCUGUUCAGGCCGCCAUUGCUCACUGUAACAAAUCUUCCGGCCGCUCCAAGGAUUUCUCAUUUUGAUUUCACUUUUAAGAAAUUAAAACAUUAUUU